GAAAAGUACUUCAGCUCGCUGGCAGUGAUUUCCGCGCAGUGACCGGUUACACUGCUUUCCGAGCUUGGGCUCAGGUGUUCGCAAGAAUUAGUUUCUUGAUACACAGAAUGUUUGAUCAUCGAGAACACUUUGAUUCUUUAGUUCUUCACGGCACCUUCCGUACUCCUGCAACAAGUCUCAUCGUCCAUUUUUAUCAAACAUCCUGAGCGGUCUCCUAUAGUUGAGAUUCCCUAACAUGCCAUCUGGUUGGAUCAAUAUCGAAGCUACCUCCGACGCCCAGUUGUUUGACAAUGAGAAGCCGGCCUUCUCCUUCUUAGGUUUGACGAGGACACAACGACUUUACGGCUUCGUAGGAUGCACUGUUCUAGGAUUUGCGGUCUCAAUAAUAGGCUCUGUCCUUCUCUUCGUUGGUGCUCUCUGGUCAUUCACUGUAUUAUUCACUCUGGGGAUAAUCAUUAGUCUCGCAGGGACAGGCUUCUUAAUUGGGUUCAAAAAGCAGCUCAAAAUGAUGUUCGCACCUGUGCGGGUAGUUGCUACUAUUGUAUUCUUGGGGUCUAUUGCACUGGUCUUUGUUGGCGCGUUUGUGCUUGGCAAUGAUGCCUUAUGUAUAAUCUUCGUCGUAGUCGAAUAUCUCGCGUACACCUGGUACUCCCUGUCGUACAUACCAUAUGCCCGGACUGCCGUCAAGAACCUUUUUGGUAUAGCAUGAGCGUUUAUCA